AUGAGUCAGCAAGAACGUUGGAAGACGGUACAACUAAAUAAGCUCUGUCGGAAUUGUCUAGGGGCUCAUGGACGGCGGCCAUGCAAACUGCAACGAUCGUGUGGACAGGAUGGGUGUCAGGCGAAACAUCAUCCACUGCUACAUAGACAUCAACAGGAAAAUAGUGCUAUCGUUUCGGGAGCUGUAUCAAAUCACCAUUACACUGGGCGCGCAGUUUUAUUCCGAAUCAUACCGGUUACAUUAUACGCGAAUGGUCGUUCAAUAAACACCUUCGCAUUCUUGGAUGAUGGGUCAUCGAAGACGCUGGUGGAAGAAUGUCUGGUAAGGGAAUUGGAUGUUAAAGGAGAGGCUCAGCCACUCUGCUUGCAAUGGACGGCAGGAGUUACCAGGGCAGAAGUAGAUUCUCAGCGUGUGGAGCUGGAAAUUUCUGGCCGUGAUUAUCAGUACAGAUACACUAUAAGAGACGUAAGGACGGUGGGCAGUUUGGACCUACCCUUACAAUCAAUUCAUUAUAAUGAAAUAUGUGAAGUGUUUCCACACAUGAAAGGACUGCCGAUCACAGACUACGAUCGGGCAACGCCACGUAUACUGAUAGGGAGUGAUAACGCUCAUUUAACGGCAACGCUCAAGCUUCGUGAAGGUAUGCCGGAGGAUCCUGUAGCAGUUAAAACCCGAUUGGGAUGGGCGAUAUACGGAUCAAACCGAAGCUCAUCCGCUCGUCACGUUCAUAGCUUUCACAUAUGUGAAUGUGAGCAGGACAUUAAGCUGCAUGAUAUGGUAUCCACAUAUUUUUCUAUUGAUAACCUCGGUGUUUCGUUAACAACAUGUCCAGAGUCAGAAGAGGUGCAACGAGCAAAUAGAAUUCUGCGAGAGACGACCAAACGCAUCGGAAAUAAGUAUGAAACUGGACUUCUGUGGAAGUUUGAUGACUUCAAAUUCCCAGAGAGUUACACGAUGGCAGUUCGACGUUUGCAGUGUUUGGAACGACGCAUGAGUAAAGAUCCGGUUAUCGGGCAGAGUAUUCGGAGACAAUUGGCAGAAUACGAGACGAAGGGGUACAUUCAUAAAGCGACUUCAGAGGAAUUGCAGGAGGCUAAUCCCCGUCGGAUUUGGUAUUUACCGUUGGGUGUGGCCAUAAAUCCCAAGAAACCAUCGAAAAUCCGUAUAUUUUGUGAUGCUGCUGCGAAAGUAGACGGCGUUUCAUUGAACAACAUGUUGAUUAAAGGUCCUGAUUUAUUGACAUCUUUGUUGAGCGUGCUCUUUGGAUUUCGCGAAUACCGAAUCGCGUUCGCUGCUGAUUUAAUGGAAAUGUUCCAUCAGAUUUAUAUUCGCCGAGAAGAUCGGCAUUCGCAGAGGCUUCUGUUGCGAACAGAUCCGAAACAUAAACCACAAGUGUAUCUCAUGGACGUAGCCACGUUCGGGUCCACAUGCUCGCCGUGCUCCGCCCAGUUCGUUAAGAACAUGAACGCGUCGGAGUACGUAAAUGAAUACCCAAAGGCAGCUCACGCUAUCACCCACAAACAUUAUGUGGACCUUGAUAGCGUCGACAGUGUAGAUGAGUCGGUACGGAGAGCGUCGGAAGUAAAAUUGAUUCAUGCUCGUGGCGGAUUCCAUUUGAGAGGAUGGAUAUCAAACUCUGGUGAAUUUCUCUCGCGAAUCGAAGAACAGAAAAAUCACUUGGAGAAAAAUCUCACAUUCAGACAGGUGGAUUCAACAGAGCGCGUACUAGGCAUGUAUUGGCGCCCAGAAGAGGAUGUAUUUACCUUUGUGACGUGUAUGCCAUCACCGAUAAAUCACCCUACGAAACGACAAGUGCUCCGUACGGUCAUGAAGAUAUUUGAUCCUCUUGGACUUCUAUCAUUUUUUAUUAUACAUGGAAAGAUUCUUAUCCAAAAUAUUUGGAGAACCAAAGCAGAUUGGGACGAACCCAUUAACGAGGAACUAUGUAAUCAUUAUUCCCGAUGGCUGGGAGUACUCACCCAGCUUGAUUGCGUACGAAUUCAACGCUGUUAUUUUGCGCAUCCAGCUGACAAAAUAAAAAACCUACAGCUACACGUAUUUUGUGACGCGAGCGAGGAAGCAUACGCCUGUGUGGCUUACCUACGAGCUGAAAUCAAUGGUAUCGUCGAAUGUGCGCUGGUGGCCGGGAAAGCAAAGGUAGCGCCUUUAAAGCCGUUAUCAAUUCCUAGACUAGAGCUGAUGGCCGCGGUAAUUGGUGCGAGACUGCGCCAGGCGAUAAUCGAAUCUCACUCGUUACAGAUCACCCAGACUAUUUUUUGUAAUGAACUGCAAGCUGAAAUAGCUAUUGGAGACAUCGCAGAAACGUUUACGAACCGUGAUACCAGGUGGAUAUUUAAUCCGCCCUCAGCCCCACAUAUGGGUGGAGCCUGGGAGCGUCUCGUACGCUCUGUGAAAACAUCCUUGGCAUCAAUGCAAACGACAAGAGUUCCUGAUGAAGAAACAUUUUCAACCAUAUUGGCCGAAGCUGAGAGUGUGGUCAAUUCAAGACCUCUAACAUUUGUACCGCUCGAGAAUGAAACGCAAGAGGCGCUCACGCCUAACCAUUUUAUCCUCAUGAGCUCUAGUGGCGUCAUACAACCGCCAAAAUCGAUAUUGGAUCCGAAGAAAUUAGGCAGGAGCAACUGGAAUCUGGCUAGGGAGCUGACAGAUCAUUUUUGGCGUCGAUGGAUAAGGGAGUAUUUACCCGUUAUUGGCGUCGAACAAAGUGGUUCGAUGACGUUAAGGAUAUCGCAGAAGGAGAUUUGGUAA